AAAAUAUUUUAAUAAAAUAUGUCGAACAAAGAUUGUGGUGAUACAGAUAAAAGUGACGAUAAAAAGAAAAUAGAGGAUGAAGAACGUGAAAAAAUGUUAAAUACAGAAAACGAAGCUUCAACGGGCGUUGUAACUGGAGGAGGAGGUGGAGCAGUAGUUAUUAAACCAUCCUCGUUAGAAAUAGAAGAUGGGCGUGAGGUGAAACCGAAAAAGAUACCAAUUGGUGGUAUUAAAAUGCCUGGUUUUUUCACACGAAGUCGAUCCAAGGAAAAGUGUAAAGAAGACGAUGAAGAAGAUGGCGAACAAAAUCAAAGUGGAAAUCAACAAAAUGAAAAGAUUGAAUAUAAUAACGAAGAAAAUAAAGGCACAUUACGAAAGGGAAUCAAAUUGCCAAUUGUAUUUAAUAAAAAAUCAAAAACCGACGUAAAUGAUGAAGAAAAUGAAAAAAUUACAGCAGAAAGUGCCGCAAAUCGUAAAAAGUUAAUCGAUAGUAUUAAACAACCAUUGGUGUCAGCAUUUGGAAAAUUUCGACGUCCACCUGAAACAGAGAGUGGCAAUUUAGCUGUUUCAGCUACACAAGCUGGUUUAGCGUCAGCUGAAACGUUAGGCGAUUUUGAUAAGACUGAUGAUGGAAUGGAAAGUAUUAAAUUAGAUGGGGACAAAAAUGACGAUAUUGAAAAACAAGAACUGACUGAAAAAGAAGGAUGGUUUGAAACGGCCUUACGGCAUCGAAUCUCAAUCGGGGGUGUUUUAAUUUUCAUAAUUAUCGUCAUUAUAAUUUUACUAGUCACUUUAAUUGGUAAAAAACAUGUUCCAGUCUCACCGCCCAUCGAACAAGGGAAAUAUGUUACAGCCGUUACAUCUUGUGGAAAAGUUCAAGGAAUAUUAGAAGAUGGCGCAUUCGCAUUUCGUGGUAUUCCGUAUGCUGUUCCACCAAUAGACGAACGGCGUUGGUUAAAAGCAGGCGCUUUAAAUGAUUUAAAAUAUUGUUGGGAUGAUGUUUUAAUCGCUCACAACGCAACACCCGCCUGUGCUCAAAUUCAUUCGAAUGGCUCAACAAGUGGCGUAGAGAGCUGUUUAACUUUGGAUGUUGUAACACCAUAUGUACGCUACGAAAACCCUAUUCCCGUAAUUGUUCUAAUCGGUACGGAAAGUUUUAUCGGAGGUUCCCCAUCAAAAAUGCGCCCUUCCGCAAGCUAUGCACGGAGUCGUGAUGUAAUAUUUGUUCGUCCAAACUUCCGUUUAGGUGUGUUAGGAUUUUUAGCGGCUGCACCUCUUUCACAAGCUACCUAUCCUCAUACUUCCGGUAAUUAUGGGUUAUCCGAUAUUAUUUUAGCAUUGCAAUGGGUACAAUUAAAUAUUGAGCAUUUUGGAGGUGAUAAAAAUUCUGUUACUUUACUUGGUCAUCGUACUGGGGCCACUUUGGUUACUGCUUUAGCUACUUCGCGUAAAUGUAAGGGACUAUUCUCAAAAGUUUGGGCAACUUCUGGUUCUGCUAAAUUCCCUGGUAAACAACUAAGUGAUUCUGAACGAGAAAACAAAGAAUUUUUGGAUAUUCUACAAUGUAAAAAUAAUGAUGUUAAAUGUUUACGGGAAAAGAAUGUGGCCGAAUUAUUGGAUAAUGUCCCAGAUACUUGGAGACAUGUCCAACCAGAUGUUCCUCAAGAGGAUGAAAGACCAAAUGAACGACAUGAAUGGUUAGUCUUGGAUGGAGAUAUUUUACAAAAACAUCCGGUUGAUAGUUGGCGUGACGAUAAACCGAAAGUUCAAAUUAUGAUUGGGACAACAGCACAUGUGAGUGCCUCACAAAAGUUGUUCCUCAAGCAUACCGAAUGGACACCGGAACUUGUUAAAGAACACAUUCAAUCGUCUUUCUUCGGCAAACAAAAUUUAACUGACGAAAUAUUUAAACGGUACAAUCAAACGUAUAGAGAUUUAGUCCAGUUAAUUUCCGAUGUACGCACAGUUUGUCCAUUAUUAGCAUUUUCCUCGCAAUUAGAGAAUGCAACAUUCUAUGUUGCAACCAUAACACGUGGUGAUAAUCUUUUAGCUGAUGUUGACUCGGAUAUCGAUGCGAUAUUAGGUAGAUAUGAGGCAAAAACACCCGAACGUCGUCGAUACGUGUCGGCAAUGCAACAAUUAUUUUAUCAUUUUGUUUGGCAUGGUACUAUUGCUCCCACGAUCCAAAAUAGUUAUAAUAAAGUGUUGAUUGUUGAUCAAGAUAUUUUACCCAAUCCCGAGUAUCCAAAUUGUGAUUUUUGGAUUAAUAAGAAUAUUGUACCAUUAUAUGCCAGUAUUGAUUAAGUCUAGUUAUUUAUUGUUGAUUUUAUUCUUUUUCUAAGUCUUUUAAGUCUUGUCAGGACAAAAGUUUCUCCGUGGUAACAAGGUUGGCUUCUUUUAUACAGGAUGUUCUAUAAUUGAUAGUAGAAAAGUACACUACCGAAUUAAGCUUAUCAAUCAGAAUAUUAAUAUUCCGGAUGUUGUCCUUUUGAGCCUGUAUCUACGGCUCUGUAAUUGGUUAAAUUUAUUGAUUUUUUUAUAAAUUGAUUUGAUAAAAAGCUUAGGCCUGGCAGUGUAUCACAACUACUGCAGGAGCUGUCACAGUGAUGACGAGGAGGAGACUAUGUCUCAUCUUCUCUGCCCAGCUCUUAUCAUGAGGAUAUGGACUUACUUGAGCCAGCCUCUCUUUGACGACCUUUCCGACCUAAAGUCAGUCGACGUUAAA